ACCAGCCAUCACGAUAUCCAAACCCUCAUAUGAUGCAGGCUAGCCAUAGGGCGGAGUUUUCCCCUCACCAUCCAACUAAGCAGAAGCCACUCUUAAUGAGUGGCCCGCAAAACCCCCCCUUUGUGGACAGCUUGUCUUCACAGGCUCGGCCACGGAAGAUUCUCAUCAACCCACAUUUCCGGGGUCCGUCCGCCUCCACGGCUGCUCCUGACACCACAGUAACCUGGAGUCACCACCCAUCCCGGCAGAGACACUCAGCUCCUCAGCUGCCCCAGGUGCCUAACCCACCCAGUUUUCCUGCUCCUGUCCACCAGGCACAAUACCCAGUCAGGGAACAGCCUACCUACAACGGACAGCCACAGCCUGCUCUGUUAGCCUUUCCUGAACCACACCGUGGACCUGAAACCAUUAGAGGUCAUGAACAUCAUAUGGGGCAUGAUCCCCACAGAGGUCAUGUCCCUCUGUUUGCUAUGGGCUCUCAUUCAGCACCUAGCCAUCCCCGGGGCAUGCCACAGCAGCAGGCCUUUAGUUCAGGACCUCCACAUUCAUACCAUGAGCAACAGGGUCUUUACCCAUGGGUAUAACUCCAGAGGCCCCACAUUGGCCUCUCCCAGCCAGGCU